UGGGCAUCCUGCCUCAGGCUCUCACCCUCCUCUCCUGCAGCUCCAGCUCUGUGCUCUGCCUCUGAGGAGCCCAUGGCCCGGCCGCUGUGCCUCCCACUGCUCCUGCUGGCCGCCCUGCCUGCGGCCCUGGUGGCGGACGAGGACAGGAUACUUCUGAGUCCGGAGGAGGAGGAUAGGAUACUUUUGAGCCCCCAGGAGCAGAAUAAGAAUAUUUUGGGUGGCAUCCGUGAUGCAGACCUCAGUGAUGAGUGGGUACAGCGUGCCCUUCACUUCGCCAUCAGCAAGUACAACGAGGCCACCAAAGAUGCGUACUACAGACGCCUGCUGCGGGUGCUGCGAGCCAGAGAGCAGACCGUGGCUGGGACCAACUACUUUUUCGACGUAGAGAUUGGCCGAACCACAUGUACCAAGUCCCAGCCCAAUUUGGACACCUGUCCCUUCCGUGAACAGCCAGAACAGCAGAAGAAACAGUUCUGCUCUUUCCAGAUCAACGAAGUUCCCUGGGAAGACAGAAUAUCCCUGUUGAAAUACAGGUGUCGGAAAGCCUAGGGGUCUGUGCCAGGCCAGCUGCACUGAACACCUCCUACUCCCACCUCUGUAGUCUCCCACCCCUGGACUGGUGACCCCCGCCCUGGGGAAGGUCUCCCCAUGCGCCUGCACCAGGAGACAGAGAAGGUGGCAGACAGAGGCCUUUGUUACUCGGCAGGGGGCGCUGCCCUCCCGCCUUCCUUCUUGCUUCCCACCGCCCCUGUGUGCCCCGCACACCCCAGCCCCCAACCUCCUGCAAUAAAACAGUAGCAUC